AUGGCCCUGCUUGUGGGCGCCUCGAUAUGCGCCGCGUUCACCGAGCUGCAGGAGGUGUUGCCGGCGGCAUGGCUGCAGCUGCUGAUGCUCCGCUUCUUCUCCGCAGCGCGCGUGGGCGACCGGCCGUGGCGUAACCUCAUCACACUCACCGUCCUCGUAGUCGCGACGCAGGCAUGCGGCACGACAGUGGCGUACGCGAGCAUGUACGCCAUGGACCCGACGGCCAACGUCCUCGCCUCCAGCCAGAUCGCGGUGGCCAACGUGCUGCCAUGCCUCGCGGACUCGCUCUUCCGCUUCACCUACAGGCUCUCAUCACACCUGCAUCCGCUCGUCUUCCCCCUCGUCUCCGCCUCCAUCUGGACCCUCCUCUCGCUGCUCUCCCCCUUUGGCGCCUUAGCCCACCCGUUCUACUCGCUGUGCUCCCUGCUGCCGCUCGUGCAAGCCACGGCAUAUGUGGGCAUGGAUGGUGUCUUGCUGCUGGUGGCCUGGCUGGUGGGGGGUAUUCACCAGAUGAUGUGCGAGGGGGAUGCGGUGGGGAGAGGCGAGGAGGGGUGGAGGCGGGGGGAGUGGGGUGAGAGUCGGGGUGAGAGUGGGAGGGUGGUUGGGGAGGAGGGGGGCGGGAGAGGGGAAGGGCAUGUGAGGUGUCCUGGGGAGGGGGUGAGGGAGGGGGGUAGCAUUCAAGUGUGUGGUGAGGGCUGUAAUAGUGUUAGUGCAAUGAGGAAUGGAGCAGGAGGAGGAGGAGGAGUAGGAGGAGUAGGAGGAGUAGGAGGAGGAGAAGGAGUAGGAGCAGGUGGGGAAAGGGGAGAAGGUGCAGUUGGGAGAAGCAACAGGCUUGGGGGAGGCAGCAGCGGGUGGGGCCAUGUGCAGAUGAGUGUGGCACUGCUGGUGGUGCUGAUGGCGGCCGGGUCAGCGAGAGAGAUUGUGUUCUCAUCCAGAUUCUUCCAGAAGCCGCUAGAAGCAACCAUAGUUCCCUCGGUGCCUGUCUCCUGCAUCCUCUCGCAAGCCCCCGCCAACAACAUCUCCCCCCGACCUCCCCCCUCGCUCUGCCAGCGUACUGCUGCUAACGCCUCCACGCAUUUACCCACUUCCUCAAUGCUGCUGGGGGCAGAUGGGGGAGAAGGGGAAAACGGGGGGGGACAGGGAGAGU